AUGAACCAGCUCUGCCUCUCUGCAGCCCUUCUCGUCCUCCUGGGCACCCUGGUGGCCAGCACCCCAGGGGCUGAAACCAGCAAACAGGCCCAGGUCCUGCAGCCUGUCUUCUGCCUGGAGUCUCCAUACACGGGUCCCUGCAAGGCCAAAAUCAUCAGGUACUUCCACAACACCAAGCCCGGGUUCUGCGAGACCUUUGUAUACGGUGGCCGCAAUGCUAAGAACAAAAACUUCAAGAUGGGGGAGGACUUUGUGAGGACCUACGGUGGUACCAUCAGGCCCUGGGGAGAAGUGGCAGCAAUGUCCUUUGAAAGCAUGGACUGA